AUGCUAUCAGAAUAUGAGAUUUUAGAAGAGUUGAAUGCUAUUACCGAUGAUAUGGCAUUCGAUUCGGAAGACGGUGGAGAUUCUGAUGCAGAAGACUGUACCACCAAUGCAAAUAACUCUCUAAGUCAACCAGUAUGGCAUUUAUCUACCAGAUCAUCAGGUUCUAGUAUGGCUGAAGCUGAAGUGCAGGUGCCUAAUGUAUCAAAUAUUGAACAAACAAAUAGUAACAUUCCUUCUACUUCUCAAGAUAUACAUAAUGAUUUGGAGUUGCUAGAAGAUAUUAUGUCCAGCUCAGAUGAGGAAAUGGAUGACAGUGAUAAAGAUAAAGAUUAUGUACCAACUCAGCAACAGCAACUACUUAUAGAUUUAGAUGAAGUUAAUGACUUACCUAUUGAUGUAAAUAUAUUUCUAAAUAAUGAUGAUCUUGAAAACGAACUCAUAAAUGUAGAAGCAGACAAUGUUUCAAAUCAAAAUAUAAGUGGUGAAAACGAACUCAUAAAUUUAGACGUAGACAAUGUUUCAAAUCCAAAUAUGAGCGGUGAAUUUAAUUUUGUAAAGUCAGGAUUUCCUCCAAAAAAAUUUAAAAAAGUUAGAUUUAGAGAAGAACAAGGUCCAGUAGACAAAAACAUUUAUAAAAUGCCGCCAAUAGAAAUAUUUCAAUUGAUGAUUGGUCCUAUAUUUCAAACUAUUGUUCAACAAACAAAUUUAUAUGCUCAGCAAAAAAAUGUUAAUAUCAACACAAGCAUUGAAGAAAUAAAAGCAUUUAUUGGAAUUUUAAUUUUUAUGGGUUACCAUAGCUUACCUAGCAUCAGGUUAUAUUGGUCAAAUGAUCCUAAUUUUUUUUGUGAACGUGUGGCCAAAAUCAUGCCUGUAAAAAGGUUUUUGAAAAUUCUACGGUUAAUUCAUCUUAAUGAUAAUUCCCAAAUGCCAUCAAGAAAUUCUUUGGAUUUUGAUAAAUUAUAUAAAAUUCGUCCUAUGAUAACGCAUUUGAAAGAUAUUUAUCAAUCUGUAUAUCGCCCAUCAAGAUACUUGGCAGUCGAUGAAAGCAUGGUAGCAUAUAAGGGACGUUCCACUAUGAAACAAUAUAUGCCCAUGAAACCUAUCAAAAGGGGUUUCAAAAUAUGGGCAUUGGCUGAUUCUUAUAGUGGUUUUUUACUGAAUCUUGAUAUAUACACUGGAAAAAAAUCAAAUGGAAUACCUGAUAUACCUCUAAUUUUUAAACUUUUGUGUGAUGGUAUAUUUGCAUGUGGAACAUUUAGAGUAAACAAAAAGUAUUAUCCAAAACACCUUAUGAAAAAUGAUGGUAAAUAUACUUCUGGUGACAUUGAAUAUGCCCAAAGUGAAGAUAUUGGUAUUAUGCGAUGGAAGGAUAGAGGAAGUAAACCAGUGACACUUGUUAGCAACAUGCAUAACUCUUCAGAUACAUCUACAGUACUGAGAAAAAAUGGUGUUGAUCAUAUGCCAAAAUUCAUAGAUAAAUAUAGAAGAUGCAAAAUGUGUAGCACUAAAGCAAAAGAAAAAAGAUCCAAUAUGAUUUGUUCUACAUGCGACAUAACACUAUGCAAACAAUGUUUUGUACCAUAUCACAAACCUACCUAA